GUCGGGGGCACAGCCACUUGUUCAUUUGUGGUCGGAUACACUAGCAAUCUACUUCCAGCCGGCGAGGGCAAAGGCACAUCAUAUAAGUAAACGCUGCUGCUUGAAUUCGUGCUUUUGGCACGUCAUAGCACUCUUCUGCGCUCGUUGACGUGGCAAACGUGCAAACGUGUUCUGAUGGAAGUCCUCGCGCCGCAGCAACAUCACCGCGGGCGCCACGUUCGGACGCCUUGGUCGCCCGAGGUCGUCAUUCUAGAAGUCCUAUUGACCAUUCGGGUGUCCAGCCAUAUAUUUCACGGCGUUCGGGCCGAGGCUGUGGAUCAGCUCUGGGAUUGGGUGGAUGUGGAGAGUCUCCUAUGGGUUUUGGACACCGGCACAGAGUUGACACUGUGGCGAGACUUUGAGGCUCGCCCGCGCAUCAGCAACAUGGACUCAACCCAUCGCAUCGAAGCCAUCCUCGGGAUGCACCAGUCGGCGGGUAGUAACGUGUACCUAGGCGUGAAGUGGAGAGACUACGGCUGUCCCACGUGGGAGCUCGAAGAUGAAAUA